AUGGCCGACCAAAUACCCUCCCUUGAGCCGUUGAAGACCCUCCAUGAGAACAGAUCAUCAGACGUCUUCAUUCAGGCCUUUGUGGUCGAGAUACCAGCAAAGUUGACAAGCAAGGCAUUGAGCAUCGUCAAACCAAUCAUUCCUUCUAGUGGAAAGAAUCCUUCUUUCGGCCACCUACGACGUUUAUGCAACCUGCACCACUUACCACUUGAUCUGACCUGGCGUCGUGACUAUGAUUCAAAUGGCCUUCAAACCAUCUUUCUCCUCUUGCCAAACACUGUGGUUACGUGGGACUUGAUCAAGGCUACUCUCCAGCCACACAUUGACGUCGAAGGUCUUCCACGUUGCUUUGAUGCGGUGGUUCCACGCUUCGCUCCUCUCAACGCUGAACAGGCGGCUCUCUGGACUGAACGAUACUGGCCCACUAUCUACAAUCCUGCCGCCCAGGUUCUUCAAGAUGCUCCACCUCUCAACCAGUUGCGUCGCAUCCGGACAGCUCUCGAAGUGCCUGAUACUGAUAGAUACAUGAAGUUGGCGAUCACCGCAGCAGAGCAAGGCAAGGCUGGUGGCCAUGGAAGAGCUGUUGGUGCUGUGGUCGUUGAUCCGGAAACCGGUAACGUUGUGGCCGUCGCUGGAGAUGCACGUUUCUGGUCAGACGGUCCGGGAACUCGCGAGUCCAUGAAAACCUCGAACUGUGAAGGAAGGCCAGAAUACCAUGCUCUCAUGCGUGUCAUUGCCAUGGUCGCAAACAAGGAACUGCGAAGACGUAUCAAAGCAGGAACACACAGCAGAUUCGUUGCAACUUGUUCGGAAACGCCCUCCGGUCAGGUCUUGACCGCGAUUGAAUCUCAAUACGAGGAUGAUGACAAAGUGCUAGGAGAUUUGACAGCUUCAGUGAACAACCUCAACCUCACCAAUCCCACGGAUUCGACAACAGAGCUUCCAGCUAAGCAGUCAGGACCUAAAAACGAAGGUUAUCUCUGUAGUGGACUGGACCUCUACCUCACUCACGAGCCUUGCGUAUGCUGUGGUAUGGCAAUGAUUCACUCAAGAUUCCGGGCCUGUGUCUUGGGUCGAAGAAUGAUUGGGAGUGGUAGUCUCACUUCCGAAGCUGGUGAGAGGAAGUUGGCAUACGGCCUUUUCUGGAGACGAGAGUUGAAUUGGCGUGUCAUGACUUUCCAGCACACUCAAGCAUCCAACCUAGAUGCAGAAGGUCGAAUUGACACUGAAAUAUUCCAUGCUUAG